GAGAAACCUCAUAUCCAUUAAAAGUGAAUCCCCAUUCUCGCCGUACUCGUCCACCUCCCCCAGCAUUAAACAACAACUAAUCUACUUUCUGUUCAGUGUCAAAGAACUGAGCUGAAUCAUGUUCCGACUAUUGACUUCCUGCUGGUCCCGGCUAAAGACACCGGAAGAGACAUGAAGGAGUGUGACCCUCAUCAUCAUUGGCUUGGACAACUCGGGCAAAACUAUCCUUGCGGAGGCCUUCCAAAGACUGCUUCCCUGUAGGAUGGACAAUUGUAUGAAAUCUGAACUGACUACACUCCUGUUAGAUGAGUAUGAAGUUUCCAUAUAUGACCUGAAUGGAGACCUGAAGAGCAGAGAAAUAUGGCCAAACUACUAUGCACAGGCACAUGGGCUGGUUUUUGUCCUGGAUUCCAGCGACUUAGGACGUAUGCAGGAAGUGAAGAUCAUCUUAACGUGUCUGCUAUCUGAUGAAAGAGUGUCAGGGAAACCCAUCUUACUCCUGGCAAACAAACAAGAUAAGAAGGAUGCCCUCCUGCCUUGUGAUAUUAUCAAAUAUCUACUCCUAGAAAAGCUAGUGAAUGAGACUAAGACCCUGUGCCGAGUGGAGCCCUGUUCAGCCAUCAAACAUCUCCAGAGAAGGAACCAUCAGCCCAUAAUCGAAGGGCUACAUUGGCUAUUAGCUGCCAUUGGGGAUAAAUAUGAAGAGCUGUGUGCUCGCCAACAGCACUAUGGCAUGAGCCUAUCACCCACCUCGAGCAUCUCAACCUCUGAGGGCACCAGAGGCUUUGGAGAAAGAUGCUCAUCAGAUAGCUUCACUACCAGGAUGGGAAUGAUCAACGACAAAAGACUGGAUUUAGCACAUCCCUCAAUGGAAGCUAGGCCUCUCAAGCCAAUCCUACAGAAAGAAGGUUUAAAAUCAAAGCCUAAAAAGAAUAUCUCAGUAACAUUUGCUUUAGAUGAACCCAUGGAGGAAGGUGAAUGUUCUCGAGGAAAUGGAGCUAAGAACACUACUGUACACCACCAAAAACAAAGUGGUUACUUGCAGACUCUAGAUCCAAGAAUUGAUGAUGAUCCCUUUGAAGAACCCAGGGCAAAAAAGGGAAUGGAUACAUGGGAUGCAGAGGAGAUGUUACUGGACAAUUCCUGUGGAGAAACCUUUGGUUCCUGUGGUCCCAUUUACCUUUCUCCAAUUUGCCUGAUAAAUAUCACUGAAGAAUUCUGAUGGUCAUCAUUCUCACCUGGGGAUGCAGCAAGUAUCUCUAUUGAAGAAGAGUUAUUUCAGAGAAGAACCCAAAGAGAGAU